AUGACGUCACAGAUCGGUCAAGGCGGACGACAGGGAAGCGAAGAGAUUCUCUACCGAGGAACUCCAGCAAACAUGGAUGUCCAAUCGUCAAGCGAUAUAAUGAUAAUUGGAGGAAAUUCUCAUGCGGAACUUGUAGGUUUGAUUGCUAGCCGCCUUGGUGUGAAGAGUGGUGGCUGUGCUGUUUACCACAAGACAAAUCGUGAGACUAUGGUGGAGAUUGGAGACUCAGUACGAGGGAAGGACAUCUAUAUCAUCCAGACUGGAACAAAAGAUGUGAACAAUAACAUAAUGGAGCUGCUGAUUAUGGCUUAUGCAUGCAAGACUUCCUCUGCCAAGAGUAUUGUUGGAGUGAUUCCAUAUCUACCAUACAGCAAACAAUGCAAAAUGAGGAAACGUGGCUGCAUUGUGAGCAAGCUGCUGGCCAAGAUGUUAUGCAAGUCAGGUCUCACCCAUGUCAUAACAAUGGAUUUGCACCAGAAGGAAAUCCAGGGAUUCUUUGAUUGUCCCGUUGAUAACUUAAGGGCCUCACCCUUCUUGCUGCAGUACAUCCAGGAAUGUAUCCCUGAUUAUCGCAAUGCUGUGAUUGUGGCCCGGAAUCCGGGCUCAGCCAAGAAGGCAACUUCAUAUGCAGAGAGGUUGCGCCUGGGUAUUGCAGUUAUCCAUGGCGAACAGAAGGAAGCAGAGUCAGAUAUGGUAGAUGGUCGAUAUUCUCCUCCGAUCCUGUCACGCUCACGUACGAUGGAUGUGAGUGUAGGAGUACCAGUCCAUCCAGCCAAGGAGAAGCCUCCAAUCAAUGUUGUUGGUGAUGUUGGUGGCAGGAUUGCCAUCAUGGUUGAUGACAUGGUGGAUGAUGUACAGUCAUUUGUGGCUGCUGCUGAAGUGCUUAAGGAGCGAGGUGCUUACAAAAUCUACGUGCUUGCCACUCACGGCCUCCUUUCUUCUGAUGCUCCUCGUCUCAUUGAAGACUCCCCAAUUGAUGAGGUUGUUGUAACCAAUACGAUCCCUCAUGAGCUCCAGAAGAUGCAAUGCCACAAAAUAAAAACUGUGGACAUCAGCAUCCUCCUCUCAGAAGCCAUUCGACGCAUCCACAACAAAGAGUCUAUGUCAUACUUGUUCAAGAAUGUCACUUUGGAAGAUUAAAAGCCUUCAUUUUGCCAGGAGUCUCAUCACAGAGGCAAGAAAGUUCUUUGUACAGAGUUGUAAAUUUCCAGGGACAGUUUUUUGCAGAGUUGUAUUUGAAGUUUAUAUAUUUCUUCAGAUGUCCUUUGUAUGUUUGAGUGUUAGAGUAGAUGUAAAUUUCAUAGAGCAGGCCAGCUUUCUCGGCUGUUUAUGUUGUUACAUGAAAUGUGUAGAUUACUGCCAAUUAAUGGUCAUGAUAUUGUCGCGUGUAUGGGUGUGACUGUGGACAGGGUAUGGAAUGGUAAUAAGAUUUAUUGAACACUUACAGAAUGUAACCACAAAUUACUCUGACAGUUUCACUGAGUUACACACUCCAAAGAUCACUGUUACUACAGCACACAUAAAGACUUCUCAGUUUACAGUGUCUUCACCAGUCAUUGCCUGGUGAUGGAUCCCAACAAUGUCCUCUGCUUCUGUGCUCUUGUUCUUACUGGCUGGUGACUUUCUCACAGCUAAUUCAUUCCUCCUACUGUCGACUCUCCAUGGACUAAAUCACUCACCAACUGACUCCACUUCACUGACUGACUGACUGACUGCAGCUCCCAACUUAUCCAACUUAUAACAUCGCAGCAUGGACUGCACAGAAAACACCGUUCCUCACUGUUGUAGCUCAGUUGCAUUCAUGUCUGUUGGCAGAGCCGUUACUUAGAAACAGCUCUUGUAUAUUUGCUUAUCUCACAGUCAUUGCCCAGCAACAGGUCUGCAUGCCAUGAUAUGAACAAAAAUCAAUAGACAUUAAUUUUCAUUCAACAAAACGUGGAAAAGGUCAGGAGGUUUGUAAAAUUUGCCACCCUCAUCAGGCUCCACUUGUAACCACCAACAGUAUGAGUUUUCAGAUGCAUUUCUUCUGCUGAACAAUUUAGAAGACUUCUAAAAACAAACCUUAUCAAAAAUACCUAAGCUGAAUAACUUUAAAAGUUCUGGAAAGACAGCUACAUUUAUACUGUCGUGUAAUAUGUGGGACUAUAGACGGGGUUUUGAUUGGAUAAUGGAUUUAUUGACUACUUAACAGGUCAUAACUACAAAUAACUAUAACACUACCACUAUUUCCAUAUGUUACAGUUUGCUAGAGCAUGCAGUCCAGUGUUCUUGGUCUGCUACUAGACUUUUCCUGGUAAUGACUCCAGCAGUGGCUAUUCCUCUGCCUCUGUGCUCAAGCCCUCUCUGAAUCAUGGCUCCCUUCCAACCGAACUCUUUUCUUCUGCCCCUUUUGUUCACAGCCUUCUAUACAGAACUGAUUUGGUUGCCCCAGUUGUCUUCCUUAUAACUUCUUGGCAUGGACCAAGUAGAAACCCCUGUUUCCAACAGUACCUCUGUUGUGUGUUGAUUCGUUGCUGUGGGAACUUGUUUACUAAGCCUUUGCCUAAAAUUUGGUCUGAUAUAUUUUCCCCUCUUAAUUGUUCCAUUGCAGUGGCUCUGCACACUACAAUACUGAUACUAAACUUGAUGGAAUAAUAAUAUGCAUGACACUACUACUUAGAGGAAAAUUUUCAGCAAAGGUAAACACUAUAAUACAGAUUCAAGAAUACCUCCCACCUCUGCCAUCUUCUGCUCAUAUUUGUAAGUUCUUGCUAACACACACAGGGUCAGAAGAACAGAAAGCAGCAAGCUUUAGCCUUUUAUAUUUAAGCAUUAUUAUGAUCUUGUAGAUACAUUAUUUUUUAGUAAAAAAGAAUUACAUUUGUGUGUGUUGGUGACAAAAUUGCAACAAACUCUAUAGAAAACGCCCCUCAGAUUUGGCGCUGUGUGAAAGUGUGAGCAGUUAUCUGCAAAAUAUGGAAACUUUGAUUACAUGUUGAAGAAAGUCGUCUUCUGGGAUGCGGUGCCGUAUAGAAAUUGUGUUAACCGACAUUUUGGAGGAACGUUAUGUUGUCUGCCAAACACAUUGUAGUUAUGAUAGCUUGUGAAAAAUGUUGCUGUUGUCUAAAAAGCUAAGGAUGGUGUAGUUUUUGUAUGUGUUUUUUGUAUAAUCAACUUUAUUUCAUUUAUUCAGAUUAUGUAACAGUGUAAAUAUUCAACUAAACUGUCCUCCCUUCAAGUUCAUCCAGUGUGAACACACACUCAAGGAACAUCCCAUACAUUCGAUGGGUGCUUACUGUAUUCUCAAGUGUCACAAAUGGUUUCAUUUCAUUGUGGGAGAAACAGCAGAAAAUCCCACAAAAUAAUAAGUAUGAAGUCACAAAUGAAAUAUAUUGUUCUUAUUCCACACACAGUAUAAUUUAACCUAAUGUGCCACAGGGCAUGUGGUACAUGUGUAGCAUAGAAGGGGUUGACAUAUCAUUUACAGUGGUAAAAUCCUGACAGGUGUUUGAAAGUCCUGUAGGUAUUUAUACAGCAAGUUCACAAAAUUGCAAAGAAUGCAUUUGGAAUAAUUUGUACUUUGGAUUAUUAAGAUCUGGUUUCAUUUAUUGAGCCAGAUGUCACAGUCAGUACAGUUCUAAAUUAUGAACUGUGUAUAUCAGGAGAGGCAAUUUGAUAUCUGAAGCUGAGAAUUGGCUUGGUGUAUAAGUUAAAUUCAUUUCGCACUGUUUAUUUACAUUGAAUCCCCCAUUUGAGGUUUCUUUUAGGGAGGAGUGGAUUUGAACACUGAAAUGAGGAAAAUCUUAAAUAUAGGAAAUUUAACAUGAAGAUUGCUGAUUUUGGAUCAUUGAAAUUGAACAUAAUGAGGGAAAACAUUAAAUGGGGGUUCCACUGUAACACAGUUUGAAUAAAUCAGUAUAAAUAUUAUUUUAUACAGAGAGAUGAGACUGUUGAUAAACAAGACAACUGAAGCGUGACUCCCCAAAUUAAUGAUGAGAUAGAUCAACUACAAGGAAUCAAGGAUGACUAUUCAUGAUACCAAUAGGCAGUUGAGGCUGGAGUGGAUCCAGAAAUGACCCAACUCCUUGACUGAUGAUGGUAAUAGUCUUGGUUUAAAUGCUUACGGUUUUGAAUUCCGUGUAGAAUAUAAUCCUUCACAGCAAUCACUUGUAUAUAGCAUACAAGUUAUGGUGAUAAGGACAGACUGCAAAAAUAUGACUGUUUUCUACUUUUCAUACAAUCGAAGUGAAGUUCUUUCUGCUAUGAACAUAACCCAACAUUUAAAGUGUUACUUUCUGUGUUUGCUGUUUCUUUAUCAGAGGUUGGCGACUGAGUUCCAUGAACAAACUUUCACUAUGCUGUUGGAGUGCUGCUCCAGUGUUUCUUAUAGUAUUUUAAUGGCCAUAUGUGUUCUUCUAUUGUUUUAUUUACUUGUAUGCAAAUCAUAUUAGAAUAGGUGGAACUUUGGUCCAGAAAUUGCAGCUGUACUGAAGCCUAUGUGAAAUUUAUUUUUAUUUGUUGUGUUAACAGUUUAUACACACACACACACAUACUGUUUAUGUAUAUUUUCCUGUAUUUUACUGUCUUAUAUGAAGAAAAUGAGCUGCAGCAGACUGGUCCAGUUGUAUUUAAACUGUAUUAUGAUCCUGUUCAUAGGAAGAAAAGUGUCUGUUUCUAGUGUUAGUGUGGGAUAUAAGACUCAGAACUUAAAUGUUAGAUGACAGGUAAAGUCUCCAGUCUGUCUCUUUUUAACACAGUAAAUGUUAAAUCCGAGGUUCUCACAACAGUGAAUACAGAGAUUAUUGUCAUCUGGGAUGUGAUAUCAUAUAGGGGGUGGAUUUUUACUAUUUCAGAGCGACAUGCGGCCUCCUUUUCAGGGAAACCUGAAGAUAAGGAUACUAUAUGGCAUCAUAUCCAAGUAUUUCAGUUAAGUGCUGCAUACAGAAUUUGGAACAGUGAUCAAAAUGUGCAAAGAGAACUGAAACUUUAUUCAGAACUGAACCGAAGCCACACAUGCUGACUAAAGUGUCUGUUACUCACAGAUUAAUGGAAGUACCACUUAUAUAGCCUGAUGUCAAGUUAUGUUGUAACUGUGUAGGAAAUACAGUAUGUUCCAUUCAUUCUAUGCCCUUAAUCAAUAAAACAACACUGUGAUUA